AUGCCAAGAUUUCAACCUGACAAUCUUGAGUAUAACAAGAUCUUGUAUGUGAGGGUCAGUGAGAUGGCAAAAAAGAAGGGUUGUACUCCUGCCCAACUAUCAUUGGCUUGGAUUCAUCACCAGGGAAAUGAUGUGGUGCCAAUUCCAGGAGCCACCAAGAUAGAAAACCUUGAAGAGAACAUAGGUGCUUUAUUUAUCAAGCUAACACCAGAAGAAAUGGAUGAAAUCGAAUCUAUUACUUCAUCAAUUUCAAUAAAAGGGGCCCAUAAUAUUGCAAGUAUGCUAACAUAUCGGGACAUCGAGACUCCUCUGUUGUCAUCUUGGAGUGCUUAA